AUGAAGACGGAUAUCUGUGGUAAAGGGCAUCAACAAGCCUUCGACUUUCUUCACCGAGGUUGGGCACAUAUCUGCCCGAUGCGCUUUCCGUCGCGCAGGCUCAAGCCGUCCGAAGUUCAACUUGAGUCGUCAAAUGUCGCCGCCGUCAUCGACCCCUUGGACAAUCAGCCUCCGCAAUGGGGGCUGUCUUUUCCCAUCACUGGGUUCGGGCAGGUCGUCAAUACGUAUGCCUACGUUUCCUCCUAG